UUUUGGGUUAGCGUUCGCACCACAUUGAAUUUCACAUGCACAACACAGUUUUUCGAGAGAGAGCGAGCGAUUAUGUGACGUCAAUCGGGAUUAGAUAGACUCUUAAGAUCAUGUGACCCAACCAAGCCCCUCUCCUCCGACCAAUGGGAAGCAAACGGCGAUCUCGGCAGUUCGUCUGGAAAGCUCCUCCCCCAUCAGUGGAAAGUAAAAAAAAAAUCCCGCGGGAUCUAGUGCUAAACGUGAUUGUAGGGGGGUUUCUCAGGCACGAAGAAACGAAUGGCAAAGUGGGUGGUGGUGGUGGGGUGGGCUGUGACUGGGUUGGUAUAGUUUCUCGUUGGAUUCAGUCGCAGUCCGCCUGUCGUCCGGUACGGUACACUCGUAUCUCUGCUCCCGCCCAAACGCUCUAGACACACUUUGUUUCAUCUCCUCCUUUGUGUGUGUGCAUGUCUCUCGGCCCUUGACCGGGGCUUUUCCAUCUAGAAAACAAAGAAACAGUAGCAAGUUCGUGCCGUUUCGCGUGGUUCCCGUUCGGCCACACGUUAUACAUACGUGACGUCACUGUGCACUCCGGUUGGCAACAGGACGCGGGAAGACCCAGCAGCAACUCCCCCCCAUUAUUUCUUUGUAACAUUCACGGUGUCGUGUGUAGUUCUAAUUCUCACUGUGAGCGUUACGCCACUGCUGCAGCAGAGCAACUUGCCGUGAAUAUUCGCCCGACAUUAGACAAGUGAAAGUGCUGUUGGUUUUUUCGAGCUGUGCACUUUGAUUUCUGGCAGAUUAAAUAUAGUCUGGGGAGUCGUUAGUGACUUGUGCUGGCCUUCUACGAUUUUCACAAGUUGGAAUGGUCUGCUGGACGGAGAAGAAGAAGUCAGCAGUUGUCGUGAAUCACUCGGAAAACAACCAGGAUCGAUAAUCGACAGCAAUGCAAGUCCAGCGCAACGCCAAAAAGUGUAAAUUCCAAGAGGAGCCGUCCAGUUAUCGGCCGGAAGUGAAUAAUCAGAUGGAGCCGCCCCCUCUUCCGGCUGAUCCUUGUCCACUCCUCCGUCCUUUCUGUCAUCAGGUGGGAGGCCACACCCAGUUCCUGCAGCUGGAUCAAUCCACCGUUUGCAAGCCGUUGAUUCCACGGGAGUUGAGUUUCUACCUGAACGCUCCGCCAGACAUCCGCACCUUCACGCCAAAAUGCAAAGGUGUGAUUCAGACGUGGUACCAAGAAGGCCGCCAAUACUGGAGGCGAUUCGCCAUGGAUGAGAUCAGCGUCACGGCCGAACAUUCGGAAAUUUCGUCGCACCACAACAGCCGACACGACGCCCCGUUGAGGAUAUCCCUGGCCGGCCAUGAAGCCAUUUCCUAUCAUCCGGCCCACACCUACACUGAUGGAUCGUCUCAAUUUUUCAUGAUGUUGGAAAAUGUGGCAUCCGCGUCCAAAUUCCAAAACCCUUGCGUGCUGGACUUGAAGAUGGGCACCAGGCAGCACGGUGAUGACGCCUCCGCCGAGAAACGCACCCGGCAGAUGGCCAAGUGCGCAGCCAGCACAUCCGCCUCGCUCGGACUCCGUCUAUGCGGCAUGAAGGUAUACGACGCGACGACGGGAAACUUCGUUAGCAGAGACAAAUAUUUUGGCCGGCGGUUGGACGCUGACGGACUACGCAGGGCGCUGGUCCAGUUUUUCGCCAGCGGCGGAUCUCGACGUUCUGAAAUUAUCGACGCCAUUCUCGAUCGACUCCGGCUACUUCGCUUGGCCGUCGAAAAGCAGGAAACGUUUCGUUUCUAUUCGAGUUCCUUGUUGAUUGUCUACGAAGGAUGCGACGAAAAUCCUGAAUUUCUAUCCCAUCCGGACCUCUACUUCCUCAAUCCGGAUGCAGGAAAUGGUCGACGAUCCGACUCUGAUUGCGAGCUGGAUAGGAUACGCGACGAUGACCAUCCAAGUUACAAUCCGGAUAACAGGCUCACUUGUGACUCGCAAUCGCUGAAACGUCUGAAAGUUUCCGGCCUGCAGCAACCCAAACUGGAUUUCGACUCGCUGUCCAUCACAGACACGUCGAGCGAAUACUUUUUGACGGACAGCUGCUGUGAGACCCAGUCGUUCAGUACGAGCCCAGCCCAAUCGGUGGACAGCGGACUGGAAUGCUACAUGAUGGAUCAAAGCUCUUCAUCUUCGAGCACCAGCGACUAUAGCAGCUGGACGAGUGUUAGUGGCUAUCAAGCUGGGAUCCAUUUCAAGAGACUGUUGCGGCAUUCAGCGCCUGCCAGGACGAAUUCGACGGGCUACGAAUGUGCUGACAACUCGGCUGACAGCACCGACAGUGGACUCUACUCACUGGCCGGCCAUCCGCAAGGGAAGAAGACGACAGUGUUGAAGCGAUCGGCUACCAUCAGCUACACGGACAGCGAGGAGGACAGCGAAAGUGACAUGACUUGGCAACAUCACCUCGAUGGUCAGCAGCAUUUUUCUCAACCGACGGAACUGUCCGGAUCGCCGCCCGGCGAAGAUGAGGGCGAAUUGACGCCCGUCUUGGAAGUCAGCCGGACCGAAGAGUUUACGGAAGAAGCCGGCGGAAGCCAAACGCAGAAGAAACGGCGAGUGAUGGAUGAAGACAAGGAACAAGUGCUGCUGGAUGCUGCUGCCAGCAACAGCAAGCCGGACAAUAACUGCUGGUCGGACUGCGUCGAUGUCCGCAUGAUCGAUUUCGCCCACACAACUUUCUCCGGUUACCUGGGACUGGACGAACGGGUCCACUGGGGACCCGACAACGGAUACCUUCUCGGUCUUGAAAAUCUGACCGACAUUUUAAGGGGAUUGCGAGGUUGUAGCUCCUAUGCUCAUCAGAAAAACACCCUAUGCCUUUCAUCUUAACUUGACAUCCAAUCAAGUGUGAUGUUAAACCGACGAGUCCGAUAACCCAAAAUUGACAAGUACAAAUUUUUCUGUGAAACGAUUGUGAUCAUUUGCCGAAGACACUCUUCUUAUACCUCAAGAUCUGUUAAAUCAUAAAUUUCCAGGCUUGUCUACAAUAAGAGACUAAUUCGAAAGUAAAUGGAGAUGUGAGCUCCCUUUUCGUUUCAUUACUUUCAGAGUGGAUCGAUUUGACACAUGACACUAUUGUUUCACGGAACGAAAACGUAUUUGCGUAAUUUGACUAAAUGUACAUAAUAUUUUACUCCAUCUAAAGUGAAAAUGUAAAAUAAAACGCUGAAAUGAAA